AUGUUGCGAUCAACUUACCUCCUCGUUUUAUUCGGUUUUCUUUUUGCAAUUGAGGCAGUCAGAGCAGGACAAGAUUUGUGGACGCUCCCACAUGGGUCAACAGCUGUUGUUACUGGUGGUACUAAAGGCAUCGGUAAAGCCAUUGUUGAAGAGCUCGGGGCCAAGAACGCGAAAAUAUUAACCUGUGCUCGCAGCAAAGAGGAACUAGUGAAAUGUGUGCAAGAUUGGAAAAACAAUGGUUACGAUGUCACGGGUGUAACUGCAGACGUGGCGUCUUCAAGUGGGCGAGAGGACUUGAUGGCCGAAAUCAAGAGCUGGCUCGGGGAGAGUGGAAAGCUGGAUAUCCUUGUCAACAAUGUAGGAACAAACAUUCGAAAAGCUUCGAUAGAAUAUACAGAGGAGGAUGUUCAAAAGGUAUUCAACACCAACUUCCAUUCCAUGUUCUCUUUGACAACGGCUUGUCAUCACUUGCUAAAGAGGGAAAAAGGUGAAAACUCUAGCUCUGUGAUCAACAUUGGAUCAGUCGCAGGAGUCACAUGUAUCAAGAGUGGAACCCCGUACGCUUCUACAAAGGCUGCCAUGAAUCAAAUCACUGGUAAUUGGGCUUGUGAAUGGGGCAAAGAUGGGAUCAGAGUAAACUGUGUAACACCUUGGUACAUCAACACCGAACUCGCAAAACAGGUCCUGAAGGACAAAAAAUACCUCAAAUCGGUUGUUGAGAGGACACCACUAGGUCGGGUUGGAGAGCCUCAUGAAGUCGGUGGACUUUGCGCGUUCUUGUGUCUCCCGGCCGCGAAUUACAUCACUGGUCAAGUCAUAUCCGUUGAUGGUGGGUUUACUAGACAAGGGUUCUACGAUUCCUUCUGUUUAUAA